GUCACGACGGAGAGCACAUGCCACUUUUGCUUGGCAUUAGUCACGUGGACUCGUGUCGCGCUUGGACACGUCCUUCCGCGACCUCCCACACCACGAACUACCUGGCGAUUCAUCCACAGCGAAUCAACCCAGCGAAGAACGUCUACGGACGACGCCUCUCAAGCUGCUUCUGUCUGGGUCGAUUCUGUAUCGAUGCGCAAACUUGCCUCACCAACGCUUCUCCCAUGAAAUGACAGACCAAUGGCCUCCAAUUUCGUCCCCUUGCCAUCGGAUUUUGUCGACCUCUCAAACGCCUACAGUGUCGAGGCAAAUUCAAAGCUGAUCAAUGUCAUUGGGGUCUGCGUCGACUUUUUAUCCCCGACAAGAUGCCAGAAUGGUCGACAAGACUACAAGAUUAAAUUCACCUUACACGAUCCGGCAUGGCCAGCUGGCAUAGGUCUGCCCUUCUCGUUCUUUAACAAGCAACUCAAACAACUUCCGGACAUUAGAGACCAAGGUGAUGUCGUCAUCCUGCGAAAUGUCAAAAUCAAUGUCUUCAGAGGCCAGACUACAGGGUGGUCGAACGCGAGUUCCACGUGGGUUGUGCUUCCUGCUGCUGAGUUGGACAACAUCCAAUCUGCCCAAGAUCUGAAGGACAAGGGCAGAUGGAUGGGACAAGAAUACGGCGAUCCCAAUAACUAUCUUCAAGGAGCUAAAGUAGCCCUUGCCAACGAGGCCGAGUUGAAGUACGCCAAAUGGAUUGCCGACCAGGAAGAUCCAAGUUUAUGGUCAAAGCAGCAGCCUAGGACACAGCUGGAAAUAGCAAAUACCAUGGAAGAGAAUGGCGGCACCGCGCCUGCUCGCAAAGAGAAAUUCCGUACACUUGAUCGGCUCGACUUGCCCGUCAGAAGAGAUUGCAUCUUUGUAGACCUUUUGGGCGAAGUGCGCAAAAUAUUCUCUCCUAACGACUUGACCACAGAGCUCUACAUGACAGACUACACCACGAAUGACAGACUCCACGACUACCAGCACGCCGGCGACCAAGCCGGCCGAGACGGUGACCCAUUUGGCUAUAUCCAGGAUAAAACGUCAAACAAAUGGCCUGGUCCAUGGGGAAAGAUGACGAUCUUGGUAACAUGCUGGGGAAGGCAAGCUUCGGUUGCUGCGCAAAUCGCCCAUUUGGGCAGCUUUGUAUACCUGCGCAAUGUGCAAAUCAAAAUGGACAGGAAUGGGUCGAGGCUCGAGGGCAAUUGUCGAGAUGAUCGCGACUACCCAGAUAAGGAAUUGAUCGAAGUGGUGAAGUCUGGCGAUGAGAAGCGGACUGAGUUGUUGCGUCGCAAACGAGCAUACGAGCAAAAGGUGGAGGGAGCAGGUAUCAGUUUCUACCGAGAUCCUAACCAGGCGACGAAGAAGCGGCAGAAGGACGAACCUACCGAGCAGCAAAACGAUGAACCGAAGAGCAAGAGAACCAAGGCGAGAAACCGAAAGAACAAGAAAGCAAAGCUCGAGGCUCUGCAACAAGAAAAGAAGCACGCCGCGGUCACAAUUGCGCGCCAGGAGCACUCCCUCCUGAAAUCGAACAACCAUAUUCGAUGUAAUCAGUACGAGGGAGUCUCAUGCAAGCCCGUUAUUGACAUCCUCGACCCGGACAUUUUGAACCGGAUGACAGCAAAGGGCAACCCUUACCGACUCCCCUUCCAGAACUGCACAUACAAGUCGAAAGUCCGCGUUGUGGACUUCUUCCCAGACAACAUUGCUGACUUCGCUGCCCCGCUCAGAGCUGGGCAGUAUGAUGAAUUGUCAGACAACGAGGACUUUGAAGAAGACUGGGACAUUGACCCUACUCAGGAGAGGAACCCGCAGGAUUUGAAAUGGGAAUGGCGAUUCCUUCUCCUUGUCGAGGACGCUCGAACGCCGGCAGGUGCUGAUGGGCGACCAACCCAGAUGGAAUUGCUUGUGGCCGACACGGACGGAGACUUCCUCUUGAACAUGGACGCCUGCGAUUUGAGGGACAAAGCAAACCAGGACGAGCUGGCGAAGCUGAAGGAGAAACUAUUUCAUUUGUGGGGGGACCUGCAGGAGAGGAAAGAGGAAUCCAGCACAACCACCGAAGAGCUCCGUGUCAAACCAAGUGCAAGGCCCUUUGAGUGUCUGAUCAAGGAGUACGGCACAUCUGUGCUGCGCCCGAACAGGCAAGCCAAGGACUCUGUCGUUUAUGACCGACGGUUUCGUCUCUUUGGUACAGCGCUGGCAGUCUGAAUCUGGUCCCUUACUGCUUCGCUCCCCAACGUUUUCCCACGUGGGUUCUCCCCCAGGGAGCGGGAUUGGAGCAGCUUUUUGUCCGUUCCCAAAUUGAUUUCAUUUAAAACCGUAUGCUUGGCUCUGACGAUCCACAACGAACUCUUGCGAUCGAUGAAUGAUGACUGAUUCAAUCUUGGAGAGGGUCUCCGAGGAGGAGGUUGAUGCCUGCCCUGCUUGCUUACUUGCUGCGACGAAAAGAAACCCUAAAGAGGAUGCUGCUGGUGCUGGUGCUGGUGCUGGUGCUGG